ACGCACACAGCUGCGCCUCUGACGCACUGGCAUCUGAUUGGAGCAGCGGAGCAACAGCGUCUGAAACAUGUAUUUGCAGAGGAAUGGAUGCAGAGAUGAGUGGGAAAACAGAGACAGACAGUGAAACAUGACUGUGCAGUGAGAUGAGUGACAAUAAGCGCUUCUGCUAUUGGACUGAAACACGCGCGUCUCUCGUGCUCCCACCGCCGCCUGCGCGCAGCCUGCCGCCAUGCAGCCCCACCCCUGCUUCUCUUCUGCCCGACUCCCUCAGGAUAUUUUUAGCCCUGAUGAUGUGCCCUGUCAAAUCACGUAACGGAAACAACCCCAGAGCUGAAACGCAGAGCCGCCGUGAAGAGCCCGCUUUGCUGCGUUUUUUAUUUGUGAUCUGCAUGGGAAAGGCCGCGAAUGAGAUGACAUUUGAAAUUAAUUUGGUGUUUUGCGUGUUGGUGGUCCUUACCGGCUCAUCGCAAACAAAAGGUCAAAGCAGUGCUUUGCCACCCGUCCUCACCCUGACUGCCAUCCCGAGUCAUACUGGAAGCUCAGCAGCUCCUUACCUGACAGAGGGUCCUGGGAAUGGGGUCCCGACAUGGACACAGAAUCCUGCAGGCAGACGCAAAUCCUCAGCUCUAAUCACCGUUACAAAGACUGAAGGGAUGGGCCAUUCUAAGACACAGACAAGUUCAGUAUUUAAAACACACUUGUUGACUACAAGCUCUGCAGCAGCAGCUACACCUCAACACACGAAUGCACCUGCCGUCAUGACUGCUCACCCUGGUACUCCUUCACCUUCAGCUGCUGCAGACGGCCUUUCAUCCACACCGACUGUGCAGAGCACCACCCCUCCACAGCACCUUUCAACCACUGAAGGCAGAGCCCUCCUGACCACACAUCCCCUCACCACCGUUUCAUCUCGGGCAGCUUACACAGCAGAGGAUACACGCCCCACCACCUCCUCCAUCCAGCCUCAGUCUGAAUCGCUGACCACAGUCAUCACAGGACACACUCUGACCUCAGCUAUAGGCCGGGGUCUUGUGGGGCCAACACACCAGGAGGUCCCAUCUGAGCUUAAUGUUGGAGAUGAAGACCUAAAGGGUUCCAGCUACCACUCAAGCUCCCCUCUGGACCCCCUGUUGGCUGGUCUGUUGUCAGUGUUCAUUGUCACCACUGCUGUCGCCUUCAUCAUCCUCUUCCUCAAAUUCCGCCAGCGGACAAACCAUCCGGAGUUCCAUCGACUGCAGGAUCUGCCCAUGGAUGAUCUGAUGGAGGACACACCACUCUCCAGAUACACCUACUGAGGGAAGCACAGCAUCUGUCACUUCCACUACUCUGAGAACAGAAGCAAAGCAACCAACAGAAGGAGAUCCAUGUGGAUCUGAAAAACGCUUUUGUCUGGAUGCAGUUGCGUCCUUGCAGAUGAGUUCCCCCUUUCAGGUUUUGGGUCAAUGAUAAAAAUGUUUAUCAGAAAAUGAGAACAGCUUUUAAAUUGGAGGUUUCAAAAGUUUCCCACAUUCCCACUAAGUUUCAGGAAUCUUUUUGUUUCCUUUCUCUCCUGAGGCGAGUUUAUAGGACCUCUGCACCCUUAACUGACUCCUCCUGUAUGCACAGCACUUUAAAGUGGCGUGAAUGGUCACAGUGCCCCCAAGGGGACAUCUGAGGUAAUGUGGAUCAAGGUUCCUUGAAGUUUGUUAAUGUAAUUAAUACACAACUUGGGGUUAUCCAGUGGGAAACAGGGGCAUAAGAGACAUAGUGAGUUAUUAAGUGCUUUAACAUGCAUAUGUUUAAGCUGCUGACAGGCCUAAAGCAAUUAAGGAAUUGAAAUUAUGAUCCCUUAAGUGACCAAAUGUUAGUGAAGUGCACUUUCAAAAAAUAAAUUGCCAGGUUACACGUGUUGUCUUAAACUGAGGUGUUGCAGGGAAUCUAUACAAAAAUUUGAAAGUGAUUUUCAAUUCAAAAGCCAUAUCUUUAGAAAUACAACCACACCUAUUCUAUUAUAAAAGCCACUCAUCAUUCAGUUGUUGAAAUUUAUCAAUCAAGUCAAGUGGAAAAUAUUUCUUUUUGCAGCCUUUAUUGUGUAGCUACACGUGUUAUGGAACUUGGGUCAUCAUGCUCUGAUGCUGGUAUGUAAAACUUGAAUUUGGUUAUUCUGUUUUUGAUGCUAAAUAUUCAAUCCACCAGUACAAACUGAGACCUUGCCUCACUAAAUAAACACUUUAGCAUGAUUAAAUACACUAAUAUUGUUAAAUCAGUUGUAAAUUUUUUAAAUGAUGUCUCUGCACAAAGUGUCAGUUCAAAUGCUUUAAGCAGAGACCAGAAGAGGCACAAAGGAGUUUUCAGGUUUAGACUGUCGUUACAUGUAUUGCAUUAGCUGGAGUGUCAUAAAAAUGUGCUGGACCCAGACCCAGUGUUUUGUGAAUUAUUUUACUGUUAAGUGCCAAUAGUUUACUUAUAAUUAUAUAGCCACUGAAAUGAAUUGUAAGAAUGUAUCGAUUUAGGAAUUUGUGGUUUGAUAAUAAAAUAGAAACACUGUUGUCAGCCUGAGGUUGUAUAUGCACAGUAGAUGGGGUUUUGUUAAUCACAGCUACAGAAUGGUGGUGAGUUCUAAAGCAUUAUGCUGCAUCAUCGUAUGUGGGGCACUUCCUUUUGCAGUCAGUCUGGGACCCAGCAUGCUCUGCACAGAUAUAAAGACACCUGUCUAGACAGGUAACAUGGACUUUGAACGAUUACUCUUGAAAAGAAAGCGCCGCUCCCUUAAAGACACACCAAUGCUAACACGAUGUAUGUUAAAUCAAUAACCAGUCA